GUCAGCUUGCAUCAGUCUGAGCGCGCACGGCUCAACAGUUCGUAUCUACCUAUCUUCAUCUAUCUAGUUAUAGUGACGAUUAUCUGAUUCCAAGAAAUGCGGAAAUGUGUCAUUGUUCCAUGUAUUGUUCUUGCUGGCUGUCUAUUUUUUCAAAUACACUACCUGUUCACGCACGCCAAAGAGAGACAUAUUUCAAAGAACAGAAAUGACGUAAAGAUUCAACAGGACAUGACAGCUGUCCAGACGAAACCAGUUGACUAUAACAGGACGAAAAAUUCUGGUGCAUCUGAAACCCUGGCAGACAGUGUACAAAACGAAAAAAGAAAGGCAGACCAAACCAGAACAAGAAAAGUACAACCAUUCCAAUAUCGAUCAGUUAUCAAAGAAUAUACAUCAUUAAUAAAUUGGUCAUAUUUUACCAAAGAGAGAAAUAAGGUAUUGACUAAAUAUUCAUUUGAUUCAUUUGACAUACUACCUGAAUCCACGAAAACAGAUGACCAACCGUACCUUAUAAUCAUGGUUUUAUCAGUUGCACACCAUUCGAGAACCGCAAUAAGGAAGACAUAUGGUAGUGUUAGCCGUGGUCUAAUGUGGCCCGGUAGUAACCUUCCUCUGAAUACAAAGGUGAUAUUUCUUUUGGGACGAACAUCAGAUAUUCGUCACCAGGUUAAUCUUCAUGCAGAAAGCAACAUCCACGGAGACAUAUUGCAAGGGAAUUUCAUCGACUCUUAUGAAAACCUAACGUUGAAAGUUUUAGCAGGAUUGCAUUACGUCGCGGAGUACCAUCCAGGGACACAGUAUGUUUUAAAGGCGGAUGAAGACACUUUUACGGACGUUGAUCUUGUUGUGAGAUUGCUGAAGACACUACAACCCCUGAAUUCAGUUCUAGGACAUGUUUACGAGAAACCAUUUGUUGACAGGAAUGGCAAAUGGAGUAUAAGUGAAUCCGUCUACCCUUUCCCACUAUUUCCUAACUAUGUAUCGGGCAAUACCUACGUGCUGUCAAUGGAUUAUGGAAAAUGUAUUCUUGAAAACGCCAAGUACUAUCAAUACAUAUUCAUAGAGGAUGUCUUCAUCACUGGGAUGAUGUCCUUUGUCUGCAAUGCCACGUUGUACCAUGUGUCUGGGUUUACGUUUUGGGCAGAAAGUCGCCCUGUGCCUAAAACCUUUUUAGGUGGAGCAAAGAUAUCCGGCACACGUGUAACGGACACACUGAAGUACGGCAUAUGGACAUAUUUGAAUAACUGGUAUCACACGGGGCUUUAGGAGUACAUAUGGAAUGGUGCUGCGUGUAUACGUCUCGUAUGAGUGAGUGAGUGAGUUUGGUUUAACGCCGCUUUUAACAGUAUUCCAGUUAUACCACGGCGUGUCAGCUUAAUGUGGGAGGAAAGCCCGAAGUGAUGCAGGUCUCAGACGUUUACCACUUC